UACACGAGCUCUUUUGUUCGCCGAUAUCCCUCCACCGUCAGCCAUUGACCCGACCGCACCUCCCCAAUUUCAGAGAUAAUCUUCUCAGUAGCCAAGAUGUCUGACGAGGAGCGCGUUACGAAGCCGUUCAAGUUCGUUACAGCUGGAACCGAUGCUCGAUUCCCGAACAUGAACCAGACCAAGCACUGCUGGCAAAACUACGUCGACUACCACAAGUGCAUUCUCGCCAAGGGCGAGGACUUCGCUCCUUGCAAACAGUUCUGGCUCGCCUACCGAUCCCUGUGCCCCAGCGGUUGGUAUCAGCGAUGGGAUGACCAACGAGAGGCUGGUAACUUCCCUGCUCGCCUGGAGUAAGCGGCUGUGACAGGAAAACGGAUAUUAGAGGUUUGGGAUCACUCGAGCUUGUUGUACUAGGACUAUCGUAGCACCUGGGGAAUGCACGCAGAGCAGCUAAGAUGACGUUGUACUUUAUCGUCUGACUUGCCCCGUAACGUUGUCGACUCCUUGAAUAGCAGAUGUCGGCGGUGAUUUUAUUUACUGGAUACACUUUUG